AUGAGUCUCCUGUGUAGUUCAGAACUUUUGAAGCAUGCCAGUGAAAAAGUUCAUGAAUAUCUAAAAGAAUAUGACUGUGAUGAGAUGGUCGAUCAGUACCGAAUAUAUCUAUUAUAUUUGGAACAUUACAAACAACGUUAUCUCCUUGAAAAAAAUGAGAUUAGAAGGAUUGCGAAUUACGUCUCCAUGCUAAGCAACCAGGAGAGAUGGCUCCAGAACCCUCGUUGGGAGAGCAUUCCAAAUUCUUCAAACAUCACACAAUACCAGAUAUUAAAAGAAAUGCAACUGUUUUAUUAUGAAUAUGUGUUAAAAAGGAAAGUCGCCGAGAACCACGAGUUCGUAAAUAUAAACCAGGGUGGACGUAGUUACAAAGAAAUUUAUCUCAAUUCGGAAAAAUUCAAAUUGAUAGAAAUAAACAAGGAAGAUAUCCACUACGCCGAAAUAAUUCAUACUGAUUCCUUUUAUGAGAGCCUGGCAGCCAGCAAGAACAUCAAAGUACCAUAUUUUCACGGAAUUUUCCUGCAUAAUGAAUGCGCAAUAUGUGGCGAAGAAUUUGAAGAGGGAUCCAUGGUUCUGGAACUUUCUUGCAAACACGUCUUCCAUUUCAAAUGUUCCCACUUUUGGUUCAAGGAAAAGACCUCCUGUGCCAUCUGUAGAAAGCAAGUCGCAUUCGCUCAAAAAAUAUAUAUCAAAUGGAGGUCGGUUGUUGAUGAUGAAGAUCAUUCUGGUAGGAAGAAUCUCAUCUGCACGAUAUCUUCAAAGGCAAAAUUUUACUGA